AUGCAGACACAGCCUAUCGACCAGGGCCACGGCCCCACGUCGGAACAAUCUGCCAACACUCACGAACGCGAGGGGACGCAGAAUCCCGAACGGAUCGCAAGUCUGAUAUCCUGCACUCCCAGGUGUGAUCAUGGUCUUCACAGACCGUCCCUGCAAGAGCCCUCGUGCGGGCAGAGGCCUCCAAAGUUGUUCAUAUGUAUCAUCCUCGUGGGGGGUAAGCAGCCUCACUUUCCGCUGUGCUUCGAGAAGGAAAAAAAGAAAAUUGGCAAAGAGCAGUGGACGAAGAUGGCUUUUCGGAAGGUCUUCAGAUGGAAUACUUUCAGCACGAGGAUGGAUGUGGAAAGUGACGCGGUGAUGACACUCGACAAAGAUUGCGUACUCCAGGAAUAG